AUGGCCCCUCAUGGGCUGGAACCGAUCCAGGCCAUCCUGCCCAAGAUUUCCUUGGAACGGCGGCAGGCGCUGUCCCAGGCGGAAAGCCAGCACCUCCGGCUCUUUGGAGCUUACAUCCUGGCCAUUGCUGAUCAGGCUCCCAUUGCCAGCCUCCUGACUGAUGCUUCAGCCUCGGUACCAGAGCGUCCUGCCAACAUGCAAAUUUGGCAACCCGCCAGCAACCCUGCCCAUGCCCGCGAACGAGAUGAUGCCGGCAUUGCUGCGGUGGUUGAAUUCACCUCCCUUGAAACCUCGGAAUCGGCGAGUGCCUUCCUGACGAGCCUGCUGAACACCGACCGUGAGGAUCAGCUGUGGACAACCCUCGUCGUUGACGAGCGGGGCAAGGCAUUGGGUGUCUGCUACUCCAACCAAGAGAGCUUGUGCAAGGCCAUUGAAGUUCAGGAAGGCGUAUACUGGUCCCGGCGUCGUGGUCUGUGGCACAAGGGACUCACUUCUGGCGCCACUCAAACCCUCCAACGCAUCAAUUACGAUUGUGAUCGUGAUCUGCUCAUUUUCCAAGUCACCCAGCACGGCGCGGGCUUUUGCCAUCGCAACUUGCACUCGUGCUUCGGGGAGCGCACUGGCAUUGCUCUAUUGGAGUCUGUUCUUGAAGACCGCAAAACCAACGCGCCCAAAGGCUCCUACUCGCAGCGACUCUACAAUGACCCAGGUCUUUUGAAGAACAAGCUGGUCGAGGAAGCCAUUGAACUGAGUGAGGCCGAUACGGCGGAUCAUGUUGCCUCCGAAGCUGCCGACCUUGUUUAUUUUGCCAUGGUCAAAUGUGUGAGUGCCGGUGUCUCCUUUACGGAUGUUGAGCGAGUGCUGGACCGCCGUCAUCUCAAGAUCAAGCGCCGCCCUGGCAAUGCCAAGCCUGAGUUUCUCAAAGCCCGUUUGCAGGCCGAGCAGCAGGACCAUGUGGUUGAGCAAACGUCUGUUGUGGAGCCCACUUUGCGGGUUAUUCCGUCAGACGACGUGCCGCCCCUGCACCGCGACCCUGUAGACGCCGAUGCCCGUGCCAUCGUGGAGCCCAUCAUGCACGACAUCCGCGAACGCGGUGAAGCAGCGCUGUUGGAACACGCCGUGCGUCUGCGCGACAUUGAGGUGGGCCAACCACACAUUUACCGUCAGGCUGAUCUGAAGAAGGUGUACGACGAGCUGGAGGCCGCGGACCGUGCCAUGCUGGAUCGCACGGCGUCGCGAAUCCGGCUGUUUGCCCAGAUGCAGCGACAGUCGGUCCAGGAUGAAGCCGUCCUGAAGAUUGAUGGCGGCCGGGCGGGUCAGCUCGUGGCAGCCGUGGAGGUGGCGGGAUGCUAUGCGCCCGGAGGUCGCUAUCCACUGCCGUCAAGUGUGCUGAUGGGUGCCAUCACUGCCCGGGUGGCGGGUGUCAAGCAGGUGUGGGUGGCAAGCCCCCGCCCCCACCCAAGCGUGCUGGCAGCUGCGUACAUUGCAGGCGCGGAUGGCCUGUUGGCCGUGGGGGGAGCCCAGGCCAUUGCAGCAUUUGCGUAUGGCGCCGGCGAGGUCCCGGUGUGCGAUGCGAUUGUGGGGCCUGGCAAUAAGUUUGUGACGGCUGCCAAGUCGUUGGUGGCGGGUGCUGUGGCCAUUGACAUGUUGGCGGGUCCCUCGGAAUGCUUGGUGGUGGCCGACGACACGGCUGAUCCGGCGGUGGUGGCUGCCGACUUGUUGGCACAGAGCGAGCAUGAUGUGGCAGCGCGCGCCAUUUUGGUGACACCGAGCAGCACGCUGAUUGAGGCGGUGAACAAGGAGGUGCAGCGCCAAUUAUCGACGCUGCCUACGGCAGAGACGGCACGGGUAGCCGUGGAGAAGAACAGUUUUGCUGUGCACACGGCCAGUCUGGAGGAGGCGAUUGAGGUGUCGGACCGAUUGGCACCAGAGCACUUGGAGGUGCACACGGCGGAUGCGGCGGCGCUGGUGCCGCGGUUCAAGCACUAUGGGGCUCUUUUUGUGGGCCACAUGGCUGCGGAGGUUUUGGGCGACUAUGGAGCUGGCCCGAACCACACGCUGCCCACGGGCGGCACGGCUCGGUCGUUUGGUGGACUGAGCGUGCACACCUUCUUGCGGCCCCGUACCUUCCUUGAGCUGCAAGAUCGCGCGUCUGCCGAGGUUAUUAUUCAGGACGCUGUGGAUCUAGCAUUGAUUGAAGGGCUUCACGGGCAUUCUCGAGCGGCCGCGCUGCGGCUGCCCAGCGCCCUCAAAGCGACAAACACAAAGCCAGUCAUUGCCGUUUAA